AGAUGUAGAGUAGGUGAGUUCUUCAUUGUCAACAUCUACCCUGUUCAGACUAUACUCUCCUGUCUCUCUCUCUCCCUCCCUCCAUCAACUCUAUCCAUCCAUUCUACCAGGGCUCCAUCAGGAUGGUGUCGGCUGGGCUACAGAUGCUGGGCACAGCCCUGGCCAUCAUCGGCUGGCUGGGAAGCAUUAUCAUCUGUGCUCUGCCCAUGUGGAAGGUGACAGCUUUCAUCGGAGCCAACAUCGUCACCGCUCAGGUCAUCUGGGAAGGGUUAUGGAUGAACUGUGUGACCCAGAGCACGGGACAGAUGCAGUGUAAGGUCUACGACUCCCUCCUGGCCUUGCCCCAGGACCUGCAGGCCGCCAGGGCUCUGAUCAUAAUUGCCAUAAUUGCCGGCCUGUUCGCCAUCCUGCUGGGCAUCGCCGGCGGGAAGUGCACCAACUUCGUGGAUAACGAGAGUUCCAAGGCCAAGGUAGCCAUCGCUAGCGGAGUCGUCUUCCUCAUUGCUGCCCUUAUGGUUCUGGUCCCUGUCUGCUGGUCAGCCAACACCAUCAUCCGAGACUUCUACAACCCCCUUUUGGUCGAGGCCCAGAGAAGGGAGCUGGGAGCCUCACUCUACAUUGGCUGGGGCUCCGCAGGGCUGAUGAUCCUGGGCGGGGCGCUCCUCUGCUGCUCCUGCCCCCCCAAGGAUGAAAACCACAAUGUCAAGUACUCCAAGGCUGCUAGUUCCGUGGCUGGCAGCAGCAGGGCCUACUUGGAUAACACGUGGUGGACCAGGCGCCAGGGGGACGCGGUGGACCGGGCGCCGGGGGUACGCGAUGGACCGGGUGUCGGGGGUACGCGAUGGACCGGGCGUCGGGGGUACGCGAUGGACCGGGCGUCGGGGGUACGCGAUGGACCGGGCGUCGGGGGUACGCGGUGGACCGGGCGUCGGGGGUACGCGAUGGACCGGGCGUCGGGGGUACGCGGUGGGCAGGGCGUCGGAGGGUACGCGAUGGACCGGGCAUCGGGGGAAACGCGAUGGACCGGGCGUCGGGGGUACGCGGUGGACCGGGCGUCGGGGGUACGCGGUGGACCGGGCGUCGGGGGUACGCGGUGGGCCGGGCGUCGGGGGAAACGCGAUGGACCGGGCGUCGGGGGGUACGCGGUGGGCAGGGCGUCGGGGGGUACGCGAUGGACCGGGCGUCGGGGGAAACGCGAUGGACCGGGCGUCGGGGGAAACGCGAUGGACCGGGCGUCGGGGGCAGGGAAAGUGCGCUCGUCUGUGGUGGUCAACGAACCCUCAACCUUCUGGCCCGUAGCCCUGCGUGGCAUCGACUAUGCCACAAAAGCAUGCAAGAAACUACUGACAACAACCAGCAAGCAGCUAGAGAGACAGUGUGUUCUCUCCUCUGCCCCCUCUAACAUGGUCUCUCUGGGGAUCCAGAUGCUGGGCAGCGCCCUGAGCCUGCUGGGCUGGGUGGGGGUCAUCCUGACCUGUAUCCUGCCCAUGUGGAGGGUCACGGCCUUCAUUGGAGCCACCAUCAUCACGUCUCAGACCAUCUGGGAGGGUAUCUGGAUGAGCUGCGUGGUCGAGAGCACGGGCCAGAUGCAGUGUAAACCAUACGACUCCCUCCUGGCCCUGUCCUCCGACCUCCAAGCCGCCAGAGCGCUCACCGUCCUCGCCAUCGCCACGGGCGCUGCCGGGCUCCUACUGGCCUUCGUCGGGGGGAAGUGCACUCGGUUUCUGGACGAGCAAGGGGGCGGGGUCAAAGAACGGGUUGCCGUGACAGCGGGCGCGGUGUUGAUCGCCACGGGGGUGCUGUGCCUGAUCCCCACUUCGUGGGCUGCUGGGGCGGUGGUGCAGGGGUUCUACAGCUCCACCACCGAUGCCCAGCGGAGGGAGAUCGGGGCGUGUCUAUACAUCGGCUGGGGGGCAUCCAUCCUUCUCAUCCUGGGAGGGGGGCUGUUCAUCAGCUCCUCCUGCCCCCUCAGGGCCCACGACGAGGAUAAGAGCCCCUCUGUUCGCUACCUGGUGGUUCGCUCUUCCAACAGAGCCGCCUCCAGCCAGGCAGCAGCCUCCCAGCACAGCAGGGGACCAUCCACAAAGUCCCAGGCCAACGACAAAAUGGCCUUUACCAGGUCUCACAGCAGCCAGGCAGCAUCUGCCAAGUCUCAGCCCUGGGGAGUGGUGAAAACCAGGCCUCUCUGGGAGGAGGACGGGCUAGGUGUGGUAGAGCAGGACUACAGGCCGGGGUCUGGGGGGAGUAAGGCACCGUCUACAAAGUCUCAGUUGAAAAGACUGGAGUCUCAGGAGAGUUUAGCAGACAAGUCUCAACCCAGUGAGGAUGAAUCCUUAAACCCAACUAAGACCUAUCUCUGAGACCACACACACACACACAGCAUGGUUUAUGGACAAUAUGGACAUUAACUAUGCCUGUGUGUACUUGUUUACUUGUUUUGUGUGUAAAAAGUGAUAUUAGACAUUUUAAUAUUUGAUGAAGGAUAUAACUGGCACUGAAAGUUAGGUUUUCUUUUUAUUAGUUGGGUUUGUUUGUGACAUGUAAAAGCUUUUCUAUGUUUUGUUGCUGUAAUAAUGUAUGUAAAGAAAAGUCUACUUCCCUUGAUGUGAAUAUGUUUUCAGUCCCUUUAACAAUGACCAGACAUAUACAGUAAGACUAUUGAUUAGUGUUUAUAUGAAGCUUCUUGCUUCUGCAGUUUGUUUCAUAGCUUCAUGUUGACACAUUUAAAAUACCAUUUCCUCUUCCACGUGCAAAACGCAGAAUCAGUUCAAUAUGAAUUAGUAUGUGACCAGCUACGCUAUGGAAAGCCCCAGCCGGAACAAACCAGUUUGACAGAGAGUGAGUUGAGGCUGAGCUCACACCAAUGGUUUGCAUUGUGUUGGGGAGCGAUAAAAUGCUAUGUCCUGAAUGGCAUCCUAUUGCCUAUGCAGUGCACUACUUUUGACCAGGGCUCAUAGGGAAUAGGGUGCACUUUGCGAUACACACCAUGAUGUUCGUGAAGGAUUCAAAUGUGAGUUUCACCAGAUCAUGGACAUGUGACGUCUGGGUUUUGUUUAUUAAAAUAGGGAUGUUUUCCUGUUUACCCUGAACAAGUAUAUCUCUACCACGAGGCGGGGAUCAAAUGUACUGUCGGCCUACAUGCUUCUAGCCUACUAAGAAUGUAACAAACACAAGCUCUGUUUUGCCAAAAUAGGAUGACAAUGCAGGUUUGAGCUCCCUCUGGUGUCUGGAUGGGUUUGUACAUGAACACGGUAACUCUCAUUGACUUAAAGGGUAUAUAUUAAUGAGCAGGAGAAAACCCUCAGGCCCCAAGGACUGAAUGUACAAUAUUAAUAAAU